AUGAAAAAUGUUGAUUUAAUUGUUUUACGCGCAAUCACAACUCAACAAAAACGUUUGAGUUUAAGUAAUAAAAAACUUUAUCAUUUACCAUACAACAUUGAAUUUCUUAACUGGCUUGUAAUAUUAGAUCUACGUUCAAAUAGUUUAUCUGAUCUGCCAAUUCUACCAAAACAUCUACAAUCGAUUAAUUUAGGUCACAACUGGUUUACAACAAUACCUAAUUCUGUAUUUGAAUUGACGUCACUCAAAUCAAUCAGUAUGUAUAGCAAUCAACUUCAAUCUAUUCCAAAACGGUUGGUUAAUCUUGAAUACAUAAAUUUCAAUCAUAAUUACAUUAAUGCACUAAAUGACUCAAUAUCCAAUUUAGCCCAUUUGAAAUACUUGUCGAGUUCACAUAAUAAAUUGACGACACUACCAGAGUCAAUGUGUUCAAUGCUCAACAAAUUAGAAUAUUUAAAUCUAGGUUAUAAUCAUAUUUUGACAUUGCCAUUUAAUUUUGGUCUACUACAAAACAUGAAAACACUGCUUUUACAUAAGAACUUUUUAACACGAUUACCUGAGACAUUCGGGCAACUGAAAUCACUAACAGUUUUAGACUUAGCUGGUAAUAACUUACAACUUUUACCAUCCAACUUUACACAGUUGAAAUUAAAAGAAUUCUACGCUGAAGCUAAUCCAUUCACACGAAACGAUUUAUUUACUUCAACGUAUAAAGAAAAUGUUUUAACAUUGAAAGAAAUUGUCUUACGAAAAUUAUCCCGUUUAGGAUUUAUUGAUAUUGGUGUUAGCAAUCCUUGGUUAGAAAGUAUUAUCGGAUCAAAACAAUGGCAAACAGCUGGAUUUUGUGCUCUAUGUAAAAACCCAUUUGUAACUUGGUGGUUAGAAAGUGUCCGAUUUGCCAAUCGUAAAGAAUUAGUAGGUUUUAAUGUAAUCAGUUCAUUCAUAUCUAUUAUCUAAACAACUUUCUUUGCGAUUUAGGAUAGUCGAUGUUGAGAAAUUGCAAGAAGUAUACACUGAUGUAGUUCGUGGUCAAAAGCGAAUGUGAACUAUAACAGAGACUUAACACUGUUUACACUGUAUUUUGAUGUAAGGGGGUUGAUGAUAAUCGACAAGAAACUCUAAAUCUCCGUUUUCGUGAUAGUUGGCGCUCAUAAGCAAGCUGUACUUUCGAUCUUGAGGAAAGUGAUUCCUCCAGUGUGAUUCCGACUCGAGCUAGUCACAACAUGGAUAUGUGUGUAGUAAGUACAAAAGUUUUGAAACUGCGUGACAUGAUUAGUAAUUCCACUGAGAAUAUGAGUUCUCUAAAUAUUGAAGGUAUUUCUUGCCGAUGAUUCUAUAGCAGAUCACGUGAAACUGAGUUUGUUGACAAUUAAUUCAAUUAAGUCAUUUUAUUAACUUAUUAACGAACUGAGUCAUCCGUACAACUACUUACCUAAAUCAUUGUAUCUUUAUUGCUAUUGCGAAUGUAUGAACAUGUACGCUUGAAUAUUGCUUACGGCCCACGCAUUUAUUCACUCUGCUAGUCUUACUACUAACCGCUUAUUUGAUUCGAUGACUCAUUCAUUUCACUGUGUAUAUAUAUGUCCAUGUUAUUCAUAUUGAUCGCUUGCUCUGCUUUCUCGCUCGAUUGAUUGUACUCGAUUACUGAUAUUCGCUCAUUCGCUUGCUCGCUUGCCUGUCUGCCUUUCGGCACAACUCUUAAUGCUCGUUUAAUGCAUUUGUAAUUUUGGACAUCUAUGUGUGGUCUCGCAAUAAACGUAAUCAACGCUUCGUAUUCGCCUUCUGAUUAAUAUACCGUUGGGGUUAUCUAGGACGGUUAUCAAGACGAAUUGUAUACGAAGUUUAAGGAAUAUAUCGAAUACCGACCACCACAAUUCUUAACCAACACGAAAACUAGAUUCAGGAAUUUCCCUGCUGCCUCCAACUACUUCUCUUACAGACAUAUGACGGAUUUGAAAUUUUGUUAAAUAGAAUUUUUUCGAUAGACUUUAUGGUAUGACGUAGAAUACGGCAUAUAUGUAUGAUCGAAUUAGUAUAUGGUUUCGUUAUUUUAGCAA